AUGGCCUUCAGUAAACUAAAGUUAGGACUUCCAAAUGUGUCAUCAUCCGAUCCUGCACUGGGAUCGACCAAUCCAGAGGAUGUUGAUGAAGUAGAUGGAGAGGGACAAAAUAUUUUGAUGGGAAUCAUCUCCCAGUUACGACCAGGAUGCGAUCUAAGUAGAAUUACUCUGCCUACGUUUAUUUUGGAAAGAAAGUCAAUGUUGGAGAGAAUUACCAACCAAUUGCAACAACCUAACUUCUUAUUGGAGGCCCACAACUCCAGAGAUGAUGAUGUCAAGCGGUUUCUUUUGGUAGUUAAGUGGUACAUGAGUUGCUGGCAUAUCUGUCCCAAGGCUGUUAAGAAACCCUUGAAUCCGAUACUUGGAGAAUACUUUACAUGUUAUUGGGAACUAGAAGACGGUUCCAAGGCAUUUUACGUUUCAGAACAGACGUCCCAUCAUCCCCCCAAAUCAUCCUAUUUUUAUAUAAUCCCGGAACACGGAAUUAGAGUAGAUGGGAUUGUUGCUCCUAAAUCUCGUUUCUUGGGAAACUCCACCGCUGCUUUAAUGGAGGGAGUUACAAAACUGACAUUUUUAGACAUUCUGGAUAAAAACGGAGAACCAGAGAUCUACACAUUAACUCAACCUAACAUGUAUGGAAGGGGUAUACUGUUCGGAAAGAUGAAGUUUGAGUUGGGUGACCAUAUGAUCAUUAAAUGCUUGACCACAAAGAUGGAGGCUGACAUUGAGUUCAAAACUAAAGGUUUCAUCUAUGGAGGCUACAACCAUAUACUGGGAGACAUUAAGAAGAAUGGAGAAUCAAUCUACGAACUUUCAGGCAAGUGGACCGAAGUGAUGGAGUUGAAAAACCUUGUCACCAACAAAAAGACAGUAUUUUUCGACUGUACAAAAGAUGCCAGCCCUUUGCCACCCUUGGUUAGGCCCUUGGAAGAACAAGGGGAAUUUGAAUCCAGAAAGUUGUGGAAGAAAGUUACAGAUGCUCUGCUAGUAAGAAACCAUACUGCAGCUACCGAGGAAAAGUUCAAGAUUGAAGACGCUCAACGAGAGAGGGCAAAGUUAAGAGAGCAGGAGAAUGUUGAUUUCCAUCCUAAAUUAUUUAGACCAUUGUCAGUUAAAGAGUCAACCGCACCUGGUAGUGAUAAGCUAGAGUUCGUCAUUUAUAAAGAUCACGUUCUAAACAGACAUAGAAAUGACCCACAGGCCUUGUUGGAGGACAUUUUAACUAUCGCUCCUAUUGUACCUGGCCAAAAUUUCACCCCUGAGUUUGAGAUCCCUGCUCAUGAAAAGAUCAAGCCCUAG